AAUAGGAGGAGUUUCCGGUUCCGGUGGGGCCGUCCCUAGCGGCGGAGAUGGCGGCGGCAGUGGCGGAGGCUGCGGCCUCGGGCUCAGAAGAGCCCCAGGGAGAGGCUGAAGCCCCCGGCCCCGCCUGGGAUGAAUCCCAACUGCGCAGUUAUAGCUUCCCGACCCGGCCUAUCCCGCGUCUGAGUCAGAGCGACCCCCGGGCGGAGGAGCUCAUCGAGAAUGAGGAACCUGUGGUGCUGACCGACACAAAUCUUGUAUAUCCUGCCCUGAAGUGGGACCUUGAAUACCUGCAAGAGAAUAUUGGCAACGGAGACUUCUCUGUAUACAGUGCUAGCACCCACAAGUUCUUGUACUAUGAUGAGAAGAAGAUGGCUAAUUUCCAGAACUUUAAGCCGAGAUCCAACAGGGAGGAAAUGAAAUUUCAUGAGUUUGUUGAGAAACUGCAGGAUAUACAGCAGCGAGGAGGGGAAGAAAGGUUGUAUCUGCAGCAAACACUCAACGACACCGUGGGCAGAAAGAUCGUCAUGGACUUCUUGGGUUUUAACUGGAACUGGAUUAAUAAGCAGCAGGGAAAGCGUGGCUGGGGGCAGCUGACUUCUAACCUCCUGCUCAUCGGCAUGGAAGGAAAUGUGACACCUGCUCACUAUGAUGAGCAGCAGAACUUCUUUGCUCAGAUAAAAGGCUACAAACGAUGCAUCUUGUUCCCUCCGGAUCAAUUUGAGUGCCUCUACCCAUACCCUGUCCAUCACCCAUGUGACAGACAGAGCCAGGUGGACUUUGACAAUCCUGACUACGAGAGGUUCCCCAAUUUCCAAAACGUGGUUGGUUACGAAACGGUGGUUGGCCCUGGUGAUGUCCUUUAUAUCCCAAUGUACUGGUGGCAUCACAUAGAGUCAUUACUAAAUGGGGGGAUUACCAUCACUGUGAACUUCUGGUAUAAGGGGGCUCCCACCCCUAAGAGAAUUGAAUAUCCUCUCAAAGCUCACCAGAAAGUGGCCAUAAUGAGAAACAUUGAGAAGAUGCUUGGAGAGGCCUUGGGGAAUCCACAAGAGGUGGGGCCCUUGUUGAACACAAUGAUCAAGGGCCGAUACAACUAGCCUGCCAGGGGUCAAGGCCUACUGCCAGGUGACUGCUAUCCCGUCCACACCGCUUCAUUGAUGAGGACAGGAGACUCCAAGCGCUAGUAUUGCACGCUGCACUUAAUGGACUGGACUCUUGCCAUGGCCCUGGAGGCAGGUGUUUGGGGCGAGGCAGGGCAGUUGGCACUCCACUCCCAUUUGGAGGGACUUCUUACCCUUGCCUCUUGUGCCCCAGCACCUUCCCUCUCUGCCCCUCUAAGGUCCUGCAUUCAGUGUGUGGA